AUGGAAAAAUCUGUACUGGAACCGACAAAUAAUCCGAUGAAGAAGCAUCAUUACAAAGAAAAUGGCUUUGGAGAUCAUGGAGGAUAUAUGACAGCUAAAAUUCACAAGCUAGAAGAGCAAUUUACAGUGCUCCAAAAGGAUUUUCAAAGAUCCAGUUUGUUUGAAGGUAUAUCAAUAUUUGUGAACGGACGUACGACUCCAACAGCAGACGAGCUGAAAAGAAUAAUGCUUGAAAAUGGUGGAAUUUAUCAUCAUUAUCAGAGAAGUCAUACAAAGUACAUCAUUGCCAGCAAUCUUCCAGACGUUAAAAUUCGAUCGAACAUCACAAAAAAUAUAAUCAAACCAGAAUGGAUCACAGACUGUUUAAAGGCCAAUAAAAUCCUUGAUUCCUCGUAUUACUUGCUGCAUACAAAUCAAAAUUCAAUGCAACGACAAAUUACAUUUAAGAAGGUCGAAUCUAAAACGGAAGAAAAAGAUAACGUCUCAUUUAAUUUAGAUACCUUAAAUCAGAAACUUCAAAGUACAUCCACAGACGAGAAGACAGGAACAGCAGUUGAUAAGAAUUUUCUUCAAGAAUUCUUGGCAAAUUCACGUUUGCAUCAUAUAGCAACUCUAGGCAGUGGAUUUAAGUUCUACGUGACUGAACUAAGAAAGAAGCAUGAUGGUGAAUUUCCAGAAAGAGAAAUCAUUAAAAAAAAGUUCCCAAAACAGAAUGAUUUACCUAAAGAAGACAUAAUAAUGCACAUCGAUAUGGACUGCUUCUUUGUUUCCGUUGGUCUGAAGAAAUUUCCACAAUUGAAAGGCUUUCCAAUUGCUGUGACUCACUCAAAAGGCAAGAAAGAGCAGUCGAGUGAGGAUUUCAUGUCUUAUUCUGAAAUUGCAUCUUGUUCAUAUGAGGCAAGAGCUAAAGGUCUUAAAAAUGGUAUGUUUGUUGGACAAGCUUUGAAGCUAUGUCCCGACUUAAAAACUAUUCCUUAUGAGUUUGAAGAAUAUAGAAAAACGGCAUUUAAUUUGUACAAUACAGUUGCUAAAUAUACAUUGGAUAUUGAAGCUGUAAGCUGUGAUGAAUUAUAUGCUGAUUUAACAAGCAUGAUUAAAUAUUGCAACGUAGAUUUUAUGGACUUUGUGACUCAUAUAAGGCAGGAAAUAUUUGAACAAACUGGAUGUACAUGCUCUGUUGGAAUUGGAACUAAUAGACUUCAAGCAAGAAUGGCAACAAAGAAUGCAAAGCCUAAUAAUCAAUAUGAAUUAAUAUCAAGAAAUGUUUUAGAGUAUAUGAACAACAUCAAAAUUAGCGACUUGCCAGGCGUUGGAUAUUCUACAUCGUUUACACUUGAUAAACUUAAUCUUCAAUAUUGUAGUCAGAUCCAUAACAUGCCACUUCAAGAGCUUCAAAAUCAUUUUGGGAAGAAAUUUGGCGAGACAUUGCUGCAAAUGUCUAGAGGUCUGGAUGAUAAGAAAUUGAAUUUUGAACAAGUCCGGAAGUCAGUGUCAGUUGAUGUAAAUUACGGUAUACGAUUUAAUGACUACGAUGAAGUUAAGCUAUUUUUUAGACAAGUCUGUGAGGAGCUUAGUAAGCGGCUUGAUGAAAUUGAGAAGAAAGGAAAAUGCUUGACAUUAAAAAUUAUGAUGAGAGCAAGGAAUGCAUCUUCAGAGUCCAUAAAAUUCAUGGGACAUGGAGAGGCUGAGAAAGUCAGCAAAUCUGUGCAACUUCAGACAUCAACUAGCGAUUCUCAUGUAUUUUUUAAAAGUGCUGUAAACUUACUGCUGUCACUUAAUAUUCCAGCAAAUGAUUUGAGAGGAAUCGGUCUACAAGUGUCUAAAUUGGAUGAAGAAAAGGAAGAGAAAAACAAAGGAAAGCUUUUAGAGAUGUUUAAGAAAAUGUCUGAAAAUCCCGAAGCAAAAACCAACGUCUCUAGGAUCAAAAUUGAACCAAUUCCUGUCAAGUCCAUAAAAGUUUCACCACAAAAAAGGAAGACGAGGACACUAAAACGAGUUGUAUCGAGCUCAAAUGUUACAUCUGUUGCCGACAUGUUUAGUGCCAAAAAAACAUUAAAGAAAAGGAAAGUAAUCGAUCCAGAUGUUUUGUCGGAACUGCCACCAGAAAUUGUUGAAGAAAUUUUGAGGGAAUAUGAUUUAGAACAUGAAGACAUUGAAAGUUUUCAAAAUGAUAGCAUCACAUCUGUUUUAGCAGUUCGAUCAACUGAAAAUAUACAAGAAGUAAAAGAAUCAUUAAAUGCUGAUAACAUCUUCAAGGCUGAAUGCUGGAGAUCAAUGAUAAUAGCUUGGAUUGAGGAGACUAAUGAGCCAAGUGAUGAAAUUCGUGAUACAAUCUGCAGUGAUUUGAUGCAACUAAUAAGAGUUAAAGACCUAGAACUUCCGUUCCUAAUCAUGAGAUUUUUAAAUAGAGUUAUUGAAGACAAUGAUAAGGAUGGCUGGAAAAAGUUCUACAAUUAUUCGUGUGUAAAGUUACAGGAAGAAAUGAGAAAUAAUUUUAAAAAUAGGCUUAACGUACCGAAAAAAUUUGAAUUAAUUUAA